AUGCCACCCAAGUCUCUUGCGGAGCUUGCCACCGCGGCAUGUAUCAAAAACAUCCGCUCACUCGAGAGCGUUGGCAACUUUCUUCUCUACGAGACCGUCCGUACCCUUCUCCUCAAGAUCGACAACCCCAAACAACUACGCAACAUCGAACUCAACUCUCCGCAAAUCCAAGGCGAGACUGGCGAGGUAUGGCUCAAGAUCAUCAAGAACGAGUUCCCAAUGGAAUUCAGACAAAAAGCAUACAAGCCCUCCAACCCAACGGAUUGGUACAGAGUAUACAACAAGUACAAAAAAGAUCACCAGAAAGCCCUUGACGAGAGUGAGGCCAAGCUCAAGGACGCAUUCAAGGGACUUCAGCAGGACAGGGCCAAGACCAAAACCACGAUUGUCGAUGAUAGGAGGCUGCUGCCUCAGGGAGGCAGGGUCGGACCAAAGAAACCGUGGGGAUUUGGCGCACGGGACCCCAACGGUAGCACACUCGCUUUCACAAGGGGUAGUCGCACAAAGACCAAUAACGGCGCGAGCGUUAUGCGCAAAGUGCGAAGGGAGACGAAGGAAAUCGCAAACAUUCAUGCCAAAUUGUCCAGACCGACACAGGCAUCAAACGCCAUUACGAAACUUCGAAAGGCGCCUGCUGCUAUGGUCAACGACUACCAGAGAGCGUCUCAGCCAGCAAUUCGGGCCCCUUCGAAGCCCACACCCUCUGAGAUAGUCGAAGCUCAUGAGAAGCGAGCGCAAUACAUCUCGGACUCGGAUGAUGAUGGUGGUGGUGAUGAUUUGUUUGACGACGAUCCUUCACCCCCUCGAAAGGUCGCUUCCCGGCCUUCUUCAUCUGCUCCAAGCAGACCAGUGACCAAUGUCAAGCGAUCUGGCCUUCUGUCCAACAGUUACAAAGGCCCUAAACCCCAGGCCGCUGCAACACCUUCACAGCCUCGGUCAUCACGGCCAGUCAAACAAGAGAAAAGAUUCCGUAGCCCUGAAGGGGAGGUCCUGUCCUCUUCACCUGAGUCUGGCCCGGCUUCUUCACCCCCACCCGCCUCUGUUGCACGACCUCUUUCUACCGUCAACCCGCGGAAGCGCAAGGGCACUGAUAUCUUCCAUAAGCCCAAGAGAAGAGCAUAA